AUGCGAGGCCCCAACACCAAGGCCUUCCAGCAAGGUUUCCUCAAGAACAUGAUCUUUAGUCUCCAAGCCUGCAGCGAAUUCUGCAUCUCAUCCUCUGCCUCUGGGGGCGCCGCCAUGAUGAGUCUCCAGCAGAGGAAGUGCGCCAUCAAGUCGUCGGCCGACAUCGCCAUGGCGACUGCCCGCGGCGGCGGAGCGCGGUGGCCGCAGGCCGUCUUGGCUUCGAGUUCGUCGCCGUCUAGGAGGCCGAGCAAGCCGUCGUCGUCGCCGGGGAAGAAGAAGAAGAACACGCACGUGUGCAAGAAGAUCGUGAGGCAGUGUCUCCACACAAGACGGAGAUGGAGAGCUGGCACCGGUGCCUCGUCGCUUGCAAGGACGACGUCGACGACGACGGCGAUGAUCGGUAGCAGGGAGAUUGCAAGAAGGUUGGUGAGGAAGAGGACCAAGGUGCUGAGUAAGAUGAUACCUGGCGGUGAGCUGCUCGAUGAGAUCUCGCUGCUUCAUGAGGCUGUGGACUACGUUGCUCAUCUACACGCGCAAGUCGACGUCCUCAGGCGCAUCUCAAAUGCGGUGCAACGAGGUUGA